UUUGUUGGCUGCUUAUAAUUGUCUCAAAACUGAAAGAAAAAAAGAACUAUCAUGGGCGUAGCGAAAACAAAUUAAUAUAGGGGGCGUAUAGAAAGUCCCCCUAAUACUACUUAUAAUUGUAUACAGCUUAUUUAUAUUAUAAUAUAUAUUAACUAAAUAAUAAACCCUCUUUGGCCCCAUGGCUACGCCCCUGUGUUACCUGUUGGUCACCAUGCACGCACACCUACAAACACACACCUACAGUGGAGAAAAGCAGAGAGCAGAGAGCAGAGACUGGGGCACCCUAAGCGCAGGCCAGACAGAGAUAGUUGCAAAGACAACGGUCAGCGAGCAAUAGAGAUGGUGGAUCCAGAGGAACGAAGAGUGGGCUAAAACGGGAUGAGGGAGAUCCAGGUGUUAGUGUCUGUAUCUAUGUGUGAAUGCCAUUGUUGUUACUCUUUUUAUGAGCCGGGUUUCAGCCAGUUUAAUGCCCCCUACUCUUUGCUUCGCUUCUACGUCUUCGUCUUCGUCUUUUCCUUCGGCUGCUGCUGCUGCGCCUGGCAUUUUCAUUUUCACCUGAACGAACCUCCCAACUCAAAGUCAAUUCAACUCGCGCAAUUCAACUCAACUCACUCGCCAGCGCCAACCAAGAGGCAAAGAGAAAAGAAAAAGACAAGACGCCGCGCAGCCGCAGUCGCAGUUACUGCCUUCAGUCGCUCGGGGAUUACACCUGGCGCGUUCCGUUGCCCCGUUAGGUUGCUUACCUUACCUUUUUGCUACGCUAAUUUAUUGUUGUUGUUGUUUUGCUGUUUUUGUUAUUUUAUCUUUUUGCGCUUGUCGCGCGGCUUAAAAAGUGAAACCACCCACGACAACAAGAAAAACAACAAGAAUAACAAUUAUAGAAAGAACAACGAGGGCCACCAGCAGCACACAGGUGACCCACAGUUCGUUGAAAGCCCCAAGAUGCGGCAGCUGUGCGGCAGCGUUUACACCUGGAAUUGUGCCGGCGAGCUCUAUGCCAUCGAGUGCUCCCUGUGCGAGGAGCGGCCACUAUGCGCCCUCUCCGAGUUCCCAGAGCACAUGGACGUCUGGCACUCCGACUGGCAGGAUCCGGAUACGGUCACCUCCUCCGAUGGGGUAACCAUGCCCGAGGAUGAGCUAAUGCAGGAGGUGCUGGCCGAGCAACGGACCAGUGGCGAGGACAAUGAACUGAAGCAGCUUCUGGUUUGGCAACUGAAUGCCAUCGAGGAGGACCAGCAGCAGGUGGAAGAAGCAGGUCACGAGGUUGUGGAGGAAAUGAAUGAAGUCGCCGAGCCGGAGGAGGAAGUCAGAGUGGCAGAUGAUGUUGAGGAAGCGGCUGGAAAAUGUGGACAAGCGGCAGAAGAAACGGGAGAAUCGGUAGUGUCGUCAUCGGUAACCAUUCCCCUGCCGCCAGCUGUUGGCCUUCAGGUAAGUGUGGAUGCAUCGCCAGUUCCCGAGGGCCAACGCCUGACCACCCAGCAUAUCCAUCGCCUGAUUGAUUUGUACCGCUCGGAGCCGCGUCUUUGGAAUCAGACACAUCCCGAGUUCCAUGACAUGGAGCUUUGCCGUGAAUCCUGGCGUCGCAUCACCGAAGCCUGGAGCGGCUACUGUGGACGCAGUUUCAGCGUGACAGAUGUCCGCAUACGCGUAUCCACGCUCUGUCAGCGUUUCCUCAAGCAGCGGGAACGGCUGGAGGCGGACGGCGAACUGGAUGAUGCCGCCAAAUUCGUGCAUUUCGAUCAGUUGAGCUUUCUGUGCGAACAGCAAUCGCUGUUGAAGCGCCAGCGUCACUAUGCCCGCGAGAAUCGGCGACUGCUGCAGCUGUACGAGCAUUAUCCCAUCCUCUGGCACAAUGCCCACAAGCGUAUCCGGUGUCCGGAAACUGUGCGUCAGCGUCACGAGGCCCAUCUUGGACUCCAGCUUGCCCUGCAGCUGUCUGGCAUAAGCCUAUCGCCGGUGGUCAUCCAACGGCGCCUACAGUCGCUGCGCAAGCGCUAUCGCCUGGAGAAGAUCAGUUAUCUGCACAGUGUAGUCGAGGGCAAGCAGGCAGAAUUCGUCUCGGGAUUUGAACACUACGCUGAGAUGGAGUUUCUUCACAAGCACAUCGAUCCGUAUGUGUGUGCCGUAUGCGGCAAGAUCUUUGAGAAUCUAACAAGUCACCAGGCUCAUGUCCAGAAUAGCUGUGAGGUGAGGCGGGCGGUGAGCGUGGAGCAGAACGAAAAAGCUAAAAAAAACAUAGAUGAGAAUCAUCAAAAGAAUCAAUUGAAAAACCAGCUUGAUAAAGUCUUAACGGAGGUCUUGAAGGACGUGGAAAAAGAGGCUGCCAAUCCAGUCGAGAAAGAGGAGUCCAAGAAGGAAGAACCCCAAAACCCCAAAGAAAAAGAGGAUUCUGUUAAUGGUCCACAAUUGCCCAGCUUGGCCGAGGCCUGUGCUGCUGCCCAGCUGGAAGAUCCCUGCGAUCUUCAAUUGAAUUCCAACGAAGAGAAUUCCAUUCUCGAGGGUGAGACCUCCUCCUCACCCGGCGGUAGUUCGCGUCUUCGCUUGAGUCUCCAAGAUACCCAGGAUCUAAUUGAACUAUACCGCCAGCAUGUCUGCCUGUGGGAUCCUAAUCAUUUGGACUAUCAUGCCCGGAAGCAGCGUCGCCUGGCCUGGCAGGCCAUUACCCAGGAACUGAACUCCAAGGCGGGACAAAAGUACAGUUGGCAGAUGCUUCACCGCAAGAUGACGGACUACACAAAGUACUAUCGCAAGGAGAGGCAAAGGAGAAUGGAGGAGAAGCAACCUCAGGAGGAGAAGCAACCUCAGGAGAAGAAGCAACCUCAGGAGGAGGAGCAGCCUCAGGAGGAGAAGCAACCUCAGGAGGAGGAGCAACCUCAGGAGAAGAAGCAACCUCAGGGGGAGAAGCAACCUCAGGAGGAGAAGAAGCAGCCUCAGGAGCUGCAGGAACCUUCAGAGGAGGAAAAGAAAUUAAAGGAUAAGAGCAGCAAGUGGAGCUUUUACCUGGAGUUUGCCUUCCUCGACGACGUCCUGCCCGUGAGCAGCGAAAUGCAAAAGAGCCUGAACCAGCGGGAUAGCAACCUAAAGAUCAUAUCCGUUUACCAGAGUUAUCCGCAGCUCUGGUGCACCGAUCAUCCUGAUUACACAAAACGCCGCCAGAGGCAACGGCAGCUCGAGUCCCUGUGCACUCGAUUGCAGGAGGAGAGCAACCUGCAGGUCACUGUGGAGCGGCUGAAGAGUCGCCUAAUUGAGUUCCGGUGCCAAUAUCGUCACUGCAAGGAGGCCCGCAUGGAGGCACUAAAGAAAUCCGAGUCCUGGACGCCCAGCUAUGAGUACUAUGAGCCGCUACGCUUUCUGGAACUGCAUGUGGCCCCCUUCCAGUGUCCCAGAUGUCCGGCUUCAUUCAAACGGCGCACGGAUUACUUGCAGCACGAAAGGAAUGUCCAUGCCGAUGUGGAAAAGUCCCUGGAUGGGGAGUUUCGCUACCUGAGACGUCGCAAGGCCAAGGGAUCUAAGGAGGAGCAGGAGUUGUUGCAACAGCAGCAGCAGCCAGGUUUAGAACUGGCCAAUGUCUGCCAUAUUUGCGGUUUGAAGUUCUCGCUGCGCAACAGUCUUCUCUCCCAUUUGCGGCGUCAUCUGGGCCAGCGCAGCCAUGCCUGCAGCGAUUGUCCCAAGAAGUUCUUCAGCUCGACGGCCCUGCGCGUCCAUCAGCGCAGUCAUACCAAGGAGCUGCCCUAUGUGUGUGAGCACUGUGCCCGGGGCUUUGUGAAUGCCAGCAAGUUGAAUCAGCAUGUCAAGCGGCACAGGAAUCAACGUGACUUUCCAUGCAAUCGAUGCGACAAGGCGUUUUAUACGGCUCACGAGAGGGAUCGCCAUUUGCGGGCCCAUCUCAAUAUCCGGGACAAGGUGUGUCCGUAUUGCUCCCGGGCCUUUGUGGUGGGCAGUGCCUACUAUGCCCACCUUAAUCUCCAUCGCAGCGAGAAGCGGUACGCGUGCUCCGGCUGUGGCAAGCGAUUUGCCCAAUACGCUGGCCUUUACAAGCACCGGCGACGCUGUCUGCCGGCGGAGGUAAUCGAGGAGUAGCAGGAAUCGGUUCAUCCUUCUCUAAUGUAUUUUCUAUUAAUUAAUUAGUUAAUUAUUGUUUAAACUAUCUUGAAAUACUCACAAUUAUUGUUAGUAGUUAACUUGCAAACUUGCAGCAACUUGCGAAAAUCGCGGCAGCCAUUUUUCUUUUUGUUUUCUUUUGUUAGAAAUAUGUACAUGUGCUAGAAAGAGAUAGAACACGAUGUAACCAUGUGCGUAUGUAUGUAUAUUUGUAAAUGGUAAAUGGUCACAUCUAUUUGGUUGAUCUCUCUUCAGCCGCUCUCAAAGCAACAUGAGUUAGAAAGAGAGAGGGAGAGAGAGAGAGAGAGGGAGAGCAUUCACUGCAACAUACAGUGUUCACUCGAGAACUGUAAACAAUUAAAUACUGUUGAAGAUCCCUGUUGUUUAAACAAAUCGUUAUUAAACAAAUCGUUAUUAAUUGUUUAAAGAAAAUAUGCCUCUGCAAAUAUUUUUGGAAUAAUGUAAUUGUAUGCUUAUUAGAGAGACCACUGCACUUAUGCAAAAUAUAAAAUUAUUGCUUAUUUUUUAAUGGUGUAGCUUAAGAUAUAUAUUUUUUAGUUAAAAUCUUGUUA